UGCAGCAGGGGAGUAGAAGGAAGAGGUAUUCGGUGUCCUGCCCACCCUCCUGGCAUAGGUGAAGGGUGCACAGCAGCAGGCAACAGUGCCCCAGCGGAGCCACGAUACUGCAGCCCCAAGGAAAGAGCAGGCUGCCUCUGCAUCCUUGAGCGGAGAGACAGAAAACGAAAUGUGAGGUUGGCCGUGGGACGCUGAACCCAGCUUCGGUGACUUGUGCAGGCCAGAGGCGGCCACCAGGGGGCGGCAGAAGCUGGGGUGGGUUCCAGGGCGCUAGCAUGCAACCCGGCAAAUUCUUAGAUACGUCUCUCUUAAGAAGGAGGCAACCCAGCUUUUGGAGGUCCAGCUAGGACUCGAAUCCAGAGGUGAGAGCCUCCAGAUGACAGUGUCUGGAUUUCUUGAUGGCAUGACCCCAGACAAGGGACUUCCCCUUCCCCUGCACCUCUGGUCUCCUCAUUUGUGCGAUAGGACAUGCCAGACACUACUUCCCAGGUAGUCAUGUCUCUCCAUUUAUUCAGGUUCAUGGCUACAGACAGCCCCUCCCCCAUGACCUCCUUUAUGCAUUAAUGUCUGGCACCAGGUAGACGCUCAACGCAUGUUUGGUGAAGGAACCAACGAAUGGAUGAAAAAAUGAAUGAGGUACUUCUCUGUGCCAGGCUUGUGUCAUGUAGGUUCAGUUUCUUCCUCUGAGGCAAGGGCUAUUUUAUCCCACUUACAAAUGGGGAAACUGAGGCCCAGAGAGAAGCAAAGACUUCCUCAAAUAUGUAUGAAUUCAGGACUUGAAGAAACCCACUGCUUCCCACUCAGCUUAGCCUGAGGGUGGGGUUUUGCCAUAUCCUCUUGCUAGGCUCUAGAGAAAGGAAGCGGGUCGAGGUGCCAGUUGGGGGAGGGGUUCAAGCAGAGCAAAUUUUCCUUAUGGGACCCUGCAGCCUUGAAAGUAAACCCCAGUCCUGUGGGUGAGUGAGCUCCCCGUAGCUCAAGGUGCGAAAGUACAGUGGGGAUUUGAAUGCUGAACCCACUGCUUCCCGGCUCUGUGGCCUCAGGUGAGUGACAUGCCACCUCAAGAACCUCAGUUUCCCCACAUGUCAAAGGCAGACAUUAACAGCUUAUGGUCAGCAUAAAGUGACAUACGAAGCAAGGGGGGCAUCUGGGCGCCUCCCCCCACCCCCUCCAGCAGCCACCUACGCAUCCUGUCCCGGCCUAUAUGACCGAUUCCAGGGAGGAAAGGGUGCGGGUCCUGCCCGCCCCAAGGUCGGGGGAGGGGGGGGCGGAGUUUCUCUGACCCGGGAGCGCAAUAAAUCCGCAGCCCGCCGCCGCUGGGAGCUGGUCCUUUAAGCCCCACCGAGACCUCCUGCAGUCAGCGCUGAGCACAGCUCUCAGGGAGAGGGACAGACGUCUGGGCGGUGCACUUACAGCUGCACCGGGCAGUCGGAGCCAGUGGGAGGCCAGGUGGACGGACAGACGGACGGUGGAGACAGACGCGAUAACGAAGAGGAGGGACAGGGAGGCAGACAACCUCAGCAAGGAGCCACAGAGUCCUUGCUCAGGGAGCCCCGGCCGUCGUAGGGACCAAAGGCGACAGGGGUGCCGUGCAGCUGCUCAGGCCGAGCAUCCUCCCACCUCCGAGUAGUCCUGCCUCCUCGGCCGCUGCCAACUUCCCUCACCCGAGCCACGCGGGGUGUCUGGAAAGGCCGAGGACACGCCUGGUCCCCGCAGCCGCACCUGAUGGCCGUCGUCGAGGCAGGGGCGCGGGCCACGUUCGGAGUCUGGGACUACGGGGUCUUCGCCCUCAUGCUGCUGGUGUCCACCGGCAUCGGGCUCUGGGUCGGGCUCGCCGGGGGCGGCCAGCGCAGCGCAGAGGACUUCUUCACCGGGGGCCGGCGCCUGACGGCCCUGCCGGUGGGCCUGUCGUUGGCCGCCAGCUUCAUGUCGGCAGUACAGGUGCUGGGGGUGCCAGCCGAGGCCUACCGCUACGGCCUCAAGUUCCUCUGGAUGUGCCUGGGGCAGCUGCUCAACUCUCUGCUCACUGCCCUGCUCUUCCUGCCGGUCUUCUACCGCCUGGGCCUCACCAGCACCUACCAGUACCUGGAGCUGCGCUUCAGCCGCGCUGUGCGGCUCUGCGGGACUCUGCAGUACCUGGUGGCUACAAUGCUAUACACCGGCAUCGUGAUCUACGCCCCCGCGCUCAUCCUGAACCAAGUGACAGGGCUGGACAUCUGGGCAUCGCUCCUGUCUACCGGAAUCAUCUGCACCUUGUACACUACUGUGGGCGGCAUGAAGGCUGUCAUCUGGACCGACGUGUUUCAGGUCUUAGUGAUGCUGACUGGCUUCUGGGUGAUCUUGGCUCGUGGAACUGUGCUCGUGGGUGGACCUAGGCAAGUAUUCGAGCUUGCCAAGAACCACUCCAGGAUCAACCUGAUGGACUUUGACCUGGACCCAAGGAGCCGCUACACAUUCUGGACUUUCGUUGUGGGCGGUACCUUGGUGUGGCUCUCGAUGUAUGGUGUGAACCAAGCACAGGUGCAGCGCUAUGUAGCCUGUCGCACAGAAAAGCAGGCCAAGCUAGCCGUCCUCAUCAACCAGCUGGGCCUGUUCCUGAUCGUGUCCAGUGCUGCUGCCUGUGGUAUCGUCAUGUUCACAGUCUACCUUGACUGUGACCCUCUCCUGGCUGGGCGUAUCUCUGCCCCAGACCAGUACAUGCCCCUGCUGGUGCUGGACAUCUUUGAGGACCUGCCUGGAGUCCCUGGGCUCUUUCUGGCUUGUGCCUACAGCGGCACCCUCAGCACCGCAUCCACCAGCAUCAAUGCCAUGGCUGCCGUCACUGUGGAGGACCUCAUCAAACCUCGGCUGCCGAACCUGGCCCCCCGGAGACUCGUCAUCAUUUCCAAGGGGCUCUGUGAGUUGGGGAGACCCAGGUGGGGGGCCCAGGGCAGCCUCUCCCCACUGACAAUGCCAUCCCCAUCCACUAUAGCGCUCAUCUACGGCUCGGCCUGUCUCACUGUGGCAGCUCUGUCCUCCCUGCUGGGGGGCGGCGUCCUCCAGGGCUCCUUCACCGUCAUGGGAGUCAUCAGCGGCCCCCUCCUCGGAGCCUUCAUCCUGGGAAUGUUCCUCCCCUCCUGCAAUACACCGGGCGUUCUGUCCGGGCUGGCGGUGGGCUUGGCGCUGUCGCUGUGGGUGGCUGUGGGGGCCACUCUGUACCCACCGAGCGCGCAGUCCAUGGGGGUCCUGCUGUCAUCGGCUGCCGGCUGUGCUGUGCCCUCAGCCAACGCCUCUGGCCUCCUAGACUCGCUUCUCACCGCCAACACCUCCAGCAGGGCCUCCAGCCUCGAAAUGGACCCUGAUCAAUCCACCUUAGUUGAUAGCUUCUACGCCAUUUCCUAUCUCUAUUACGGUGCCUUGGGCACACUGAGCACCGUGCUAUGCGGAGCCCUCGUCAGCUGCCUGACGGGCCCCACCAAGCGCAGUGCCCUGGGUCCCGGUCUGCUGUGGUGGGACCUCAUGGGGCAAACGGCAGCAGUGGCCCCCAAGGAAGAAGUGGCCACCCUGGAUGACAGCUUGAUGAAGCGUGCUGAGGAAUUGCCCCCUGGAGCCAAGAAGCAUCCUGACUUCCUGCCCACUGACGAGGACCCUCUGCUCUUCCUGGGUCAGAAGGAGGCUGGCCCCAGGACCCCAGGCAGUGAACAUGACAAAGGUCUUGACCUGCAGGAGACGAACCUCUGAGACAGUCAGAGACUGACAGCCUGGGAUGGAGCCUCAGGGGGCACCAAUCCCAGGCCUGAGCCAAUAGUCUUGGGCUCCUAUUGGCUAGGUCACAUCAUAUGCAAAUAAGCUUAGGACUGCCCUAUGGGCAGAGGUGAAGCCCCACCUCCCUGCCCUAUGGGAAGAGGUGAAGCCCCACCUCCUGAAGGUCAUUUUAUCCUGCCUCCUGCUUCCCUGUUUCCAGCCAGCCCCAAGUCUUAGAUGCUGCACCCCUGCCCACUGCCCCAAAACAAGGCCAGAUGUUUCUCUACCUAUGAGAGAAAGAUGUGGGAGUCUCCUCUGGACAACAUGAGAAAUCCACAGGCUCAACACUGGGGUCUGAGAAAGACCCCAGUUCUUCCCUGGAAGGUAUCUGAACCUUAGCAAUGAUUUUGGAGGUCCUCAGGCCCAACCCCUUGCACCCAGUGAGGACUGGAAAGGGGCAUUGACUUGGCUCAGGUCACAAAACAAACCAAAGUCUCAUCGAGAGUUGGACACCAGCUCUCCCUCCUUCAUCCCCUUCCUGUUCUCCUCCCUUUAGAGGGACAGAUGUCACAUGGCCUCUGAUCUUGGGAGCAGGAGGGGAAGAGAGGGGAGAAAUAAUGUUUCAGCCUUCCUUCUGUGCCUGAACACUUUACCUAUCUCAUCCACUAAGGACCAUGAACCCACUUUACAGAGGAAGAAACUGAAGCUCAGUGAGGUUGCCUGAGGUCACUGAGUGGGUCAGGUCAGGACAGGCCUGGGUGCUGCCUGAUGCUGAGGCUUCAUUGAUGACAUGUCGCUGGUGUACAGGGUCAGAUGGGCAGGGCGAGCUCAUGUACCAGAGAUACAUCUGACCCUUGGUUUGGAGACUUCAUCCACGCAUACCGAAUAAAUGGACUCUUUUUUUUUUUUUUCCUAAUGAUUUUCAAUAUCACCACACCAAAUGUCUUUCAUUCAAAUACAGACGUAACAUAAUACAGUUAGAAAAUAUUAUCCUAGCAUUUGGUCCAGAAUUCUCCUCUACGAGUUGUUUCUGCUUAGAAACCAGGUUCAUAAAUGGACUCUUGAUGUUCUGCCCUCUCUGAAAAAUCAUUCUGGCCGUCACCUUAGAUCUCCUCAGUCUGAUCUGAGUGCAAAUCUCUUAUCUCUAUCCUGGAGUCUGUGAAGAAUAGACCUGAGUAUUUAGAGCAUCAGAGCAAGGGGGUCACUCCCACGCCAGGGUGCAGUACACAGCCCUCCCGGACACACAGCUUCUCUCCCCUCCUCACUCACUGCCGAAGCAUCACCUCCUCACUGCUCUCUGUACACUGUCCCUGCACCAGCCCCUGGGGUUUCUGUGACUCUGAGACCUGGCUGUACCCGCCUCUGCCUACACCUGCCAUGGCUCCCAUGGCCUCCAGGGAAAUGUCCCCUGCUUACCUGGCAGUUGGGGCCCCUGUACUAGGUUCAACAGCGUAGCCCCAAAAUUCAUUUCUACCUAGAAACUCAGAAUGUGAGCUUCUUUGAAAAUAAGGUUUUGGCAGGAGUACUUAGUCAAAUUAAAUUAGGUCAUACUGUAUUCGGCUGGGCCCUGUGUCUAAUGACUGUGUCCUUAAUUAGAAGGGGAGAAAAGACAAAGACACACGGAGAAAACCAUGUGGACACAGAGGCAGAGAUUAGAGUAAUGCACCUACAAGCCAAGGGAUGCCAAGGAUUGCUGGAGUCACCAGAAGCUGGGAGAGAGGCACGGGAGGGAUGCCAUCCUAGAGCCUUCAGAGGGAGCGCAGCCCUGGCAACAUCUUGAUUUCAAACUUCAGGCCUCCAGUACUGCAAGAAAAUUAAUUUCUAUUGUGUUAAGCUGUAGCAGCCUCAGGAAAAGAAUACACCCCUCCUGAUCUGGCCUGGCUCUCUGUGCAGGCUGUUUUAUGGAGACCUUUAGAUUUGGACUUAAAAGUGAUCAUUGCAAAUUUAAAUCAAUGACUGAGUAAAGUGAGAAACAGACUUUCUGCUGGUUGAUAGUCCUUCCUCAAAGCAGAGCCUAAGUUGGGGGUGGGGCAGGGGGCAGGGCUAAGGCUUCCCAGUGCAGUCAGAACAAGCUGGUCUGGCUGCUGUUUUAGAGAUCCAGCCAUGUCGUGUGCCUCAGUAGUUCAUCACCUACUAUUGCUGAGUAGUACUCCACUGUACAGAUGGACCACAGUUUGCUCAUCCAUUCGCUAACAUUCAAGUGAUUUCCAACUUUUGGCUAUUACAAAUAAAGUUGCUAGGAACAUUAGUGUACCAGUUUUUGUGUGAAACAUACACUUUAAUUUCUCUUGGGUCAAUUUUUAGGAAUGAAAUGACUAGAUCCAAUGGUAGGUGUGUGUUUCUUUAAGAAAUUGUCAAACAAUUUUCCAAAGUGGCAGAUUCAUUUCACUUUGUCACAAGCAAUGUAUGAUUUCCAACAGCUUGACAUCCUUGAUAGAACUUAGUAUGGUCCAUCCUUUUAAUGUUGGCCAUUUUAGUGUAUGUGGUAUUGAUUUAUAUUUCUCUGAUGACUGAAGAUUUUGAACAUCAUUUCUCAUGGUCACUAUCCAUCUAUUUAGUUUUGACCAAGUGUCGUUCAAACUUUCUGCCCAGUUUUUAAUUGGGCUCCUUAGUUUCUUAUUGUUGCAAAGAUUAUUUUUAUAUUCUGGAUACAAGUUCUUCUUUGGUUAUACGCAUUGCCAAUAUUUUCUCCCAGCUUUUGUCUUGCCUCUUUAAUUGCCAAAGACUGCCUUUGAAAGAUCAGAAUUGUAGUUUUGAUACCAAAAAUUAUGAUUUUUUUUCUCUUUGUGGCAAAAUUUAUACAAAAUAAAAGUCAUGAUUUUAACCAUU